AUGCUGCUGCUUACCGACUUUUUCAAGAGACGAGGGAUUCCUUUUCUGCCAGCUUCAUCCUGGUCGCCGAUGGGCAAUUGGAACAAUUGGAACAGGAACAGUAGCCAGUUUCUGCAAAUUUCCUUUGGCGACCUCUUUCGACGCAUCUACGCAGAUCCAAGUUGUGAUCAACCCAAGAUCCGGUCGCAUGCCCAAAACGACUGCCGGUUGCUGUGUAACAUUGGGUGCUGCUAUCAUUUGCUGAGGGAACGAUACUCCCAGCAGGAAUUCUUCGUGAACAAGGGCCUGAUGGACAUGCAAACGGACUAUGGAUUUCCACUUAGUCAGUAUCUUCAGGACCGACAAGUGCGUAUGGGUCGCAAUGCCCAGUCCAUCGAGCGAACCUUGGAUGCCAAGGAGCUUCCCAAUGUAACGCUUUAUUAUCGAGCUCUUUUGGAGGUCCUCGUUUGCCGACAUGCUCCGCAGUUGAAGAACGAGUUGCAGGUGGGCAAGGUGCGAAAGUUCGACAGCUUCGAGGAAUACAUUCAAAAGUGUGCUACAAAACUCGAGGCCCCUUGGUUAGCAGCUAUAAAGGGUGAAGAACUUCAUUCCUUGCUGCAGGAAUACGCAACGGAUAAACAUUAUUUGGAUCUGUUUUACCUGCUACGCAUGUCCUUUGCUCCCGUUCUGGAGAGUUUGAUACUUCUCGAUCGACUCCUCUACCUCAAGGAACUUGGCUAUGAACGCAGCUACCUGAUAGAUUUGUUUGAUCCAGUCAUUUCGCCCAGGCAUUUCGCAAUCGUUUCAAUAAAGCCACAGCCGUAA